AGUCACGUGAUUGAUUAACUUCGAAGUUCAACCUUCGAAAGAAUCGAUGUUCAUAUCUGUUAUCGAAUUCUACAGUCAAAUUUUUCCUGGCUCCUCCAUGCUUGGCGUUAACAAUUAUUCAAAUUUGAACAUCACUCUGCUCAUACGAAUAUCUUAUCAAUACCGUGGUCUCUUCGAUUCAGAUAACAGUUCAGAUAUCAUUUUUCGGAUUUUCAUGUUAGUAGUGCCAAGUUGCAAUACCUUCAAUGAGAGUGAAAGAACUAGUGAACCCAUGUUAUAUCAUUUGGAGUAAAUAAAAUUGGCUCAUUUCCAUGACAACAGGACCGAGAUUAGAGUUAGACGAGAAGCAUUACUUAACUUUCAAGAUUAGUACUAUCGGAGUUUAGCGUAGGAGCAUACAAUGAAACUGUUAAGUGCGCUUUAUUUCCUUUCAAUUUCGAUUCAUCUAUCGGAAUGUUACAAGAUUCUUGGAUUGUUCCCUUAUCCAGGUAAAAGCCAUUUGGAUGUCAUCAAACCUCUCAUGAAGGAAUUGAGCAGAAGGGGUCAUGAAGUGGUGGUAGUUAGCCAGUACCCGUUAGAGGAACCCAUGCAGAGAUACACAGAUUUAUCUUUAAAAGGAUCCUUUCCACAAUUCCUGGAGGUUUAUCCUAUGAACAAUUUCAAUCCAAUUGUAUCCAGAAUACUCUACCAGUACUUGAAUGUCUUCUUCAGUGGUAAACUGUCGGAUGAGUAUUGUGAAGCAGCUUUAGGUAGUAAAGUCAUCAAGAAUUUGUUGGAAUCGAAUCAAACCUUCGAUCUCGUGUUUCAUGAACCCUUCCUGAGUGAUUGCUUAUUAGCCUUGAAUGAAAAAUUCAAGGCUCCCAUCAUGGCAAUAACAACAAGUGUGAUGCUUCCCUGGAACAAUGAAAGAUUUGGUAACCCUGAUAAUCCAAGUUAUAUCCCUACACUCUGGAUGCAUUAUUCUGACAGGAUACCCUUUCUGGAGAGGGUUGAAAAUUUUUUAGUAGCGUAUGGACAUAUUUUGUGGUUCAGAAUGAAACAAAAACAUCAAGAUCAAAUUGUUAGAAAACAUCUGGGAGAAGAUCAUCCACCACUGUCGAAGUACGGUAAUAAUAUGAGCUUGAUACUGGUGAACACGCAUUUCAGUCUGAACUUGGCUAGACCUCUGGUUCCAAAUGUGGUUGAAGUCGGAGGUUUACAUAUAACGAAUGCCAAGCCUCUUCCGAAGAAUAUUGAAAAAUUCAUCAACGAGUCAACUCACGGAGUUAUCUACUUCAGUUUGGGAUCAAUGAUAAAAGGACACACAUUCCCGCAAGAAAAGCGAGAAGCUUUCCUCAAGGCAUUUGCACGCCUGCCACAGAGAGUGCUAUGGAAAUGGGAAAACGAAACUAUGCCUGGAAAACCAGAUAAUGUGAUGAUUCAAAAGUGGAUGCCACAAUUCGAUAUUUUAUCUCAUCCAAAUGUGAAAGCCUUUAUCUCUCACGGAGGGCUUUUAGGAACUACUGAAGCUGUACACUGUGGUGUGCCGAUGGUGGUAAUGCCUCAAUAUGGCGAUCAACAUACGAAUGCUAAGGCCGUGGAAGCUAAUGGUGGUGGCGUUGUUCUCUAUUUGAAGGAAGCUACAGAAGAAACCGUUUAUCAAAGCUUGAAGACCAUACUAGAGCCCGAAUUCAGAGCAAAAGCCAAAGCUCUAUCAGAACGUUUCAGGGAUAGGCCCAUGUCUCCAAUGGAUACUGCAAUAUAUUGGGUUGAAUAUGUUGCCAGGCAUAAAGGAGCCCCUCACAUGAAGACAGCAGCAGUGGAUAUGCCCCUCUACCAGUAUUUACUUUUGGACGUUUUGGCAUUCCUAGCUGCUAUCAUUUUGUUGUUCUCCUACAUCAGUUACAAAAUUCUCAGUUUGGUGUUCAGAUCUGUGUUCGCUAAGAAAAAGGUUAAACAGAACUGAUAUAUUCAUUGUUCGUUGUGGAGUGUAAAUCUGUUGUGAUAUAUUGAAUAAUGCCAAAACCUUUA